AUGGCUCAAAGCAAUCAAGUGAACCUUGACAUGGGUGAAGAGGAGGCAGAAGAUAAUUCUCCUCGGUUGGGCGCCCUAACCAGGAUGGAUUCUGUUAAUAGACCCCUGGCUGCUAACCGACCCAAUAUUGGUCUAGGAGAUAGACUCAAUAGCAUGUUUAGAGAAAUUCGACCCUUAGUGGAACAUGCCAGAAUGGGUAAUAAUGCUCGCCUAUCUCUACCAACAUGGUUGCCAAGAAACCCUCCAACUACUCAACAGAUUGGUGAAGGACCACAGAGGCCUCAGAGUUCCAUAGCACAUGUUAAUCUAGGGCCCACUGCUCAAACCUACAUUGUCACAGAUAGGGGGACACCAUCAACUGCACCUAGGGCCCAAACCAGCCACAGUUUGAAUAAUAGUGUUUCUAAUGAUUCAAAUAUAUCGGAGCAAGAUGCAGAUGAUAUCAAUAUUUCAGUGAAUCCAGCCAAUAAUAACAACAUUAAUGAUACUGCUGAAGACAGUCAAAGUGAUGAUGGAACACAGCAGGUUGUUGAUGUCCGCGGAACAUUAAAUCUUCUGCUUCGAUAUGCCCCGUUUUACUUCAUAUUGUUCAUAAAAUACUUGUAUGAUAGUCGGGAAGCUAUUUUCACAUUUCUAAUCUUGCUGUGCACAUUCUCUCACAGUGAUAGUCUUGUUCGGAGAGAACAUGGAAAACAAAUGAAUCGAAGCUUUCUAGCCCUACUCAGCGAGCUGUUAUUCUCAUCAAGUUGUAUAGUCAUAGUGCACUUUCUAUUUGGCCAUGGACGGCUUCUUCCCAAUGUCAUUAUGUUCCCAGGAUAUACUGAACCUAUAGAUGUGUGGGAGUUAAUGUGGCUGGUUGUGUUAACAGAUAUUAUUGUUAAGAUUAUAACCGUGGAUACAAAAAUCGUAGUCACAAUGAUGCCGUCUUUUGUUUUACCUUAUCAGAAACGGGGUAAAGUAUAUUUAUUUACUGAGGCCGUGUCUCAACUGUACCGUGCCCUCAUCACCAUCCAACCAUGGAUAUUCUUCUUGAUGCAAUCCUACGAAGGUUCGGAGAAGAUGGUCGGUGUGUUCCUUACUUCUGUAUAUGUGUUUGCUAAAGUAGUUGAGGUUAUUGUUAGGCUUCGGCUUUUCAAGAAUGCAACAUGGACACUAUUGCAAAGUGUGAACUUGGGCACAAAACCAACUGGCGAGCAACUAGUGUCGGCUGGAGAUUCGUGCCCUAUAUGUCACGACGAUUACACCACGCCAGUUCGGUUGGGUUGCAGUCACAUAUUCUGUGAGCUAUGUAUAGCCGCCUGGUUGGAUCGGGAGCAUACUUGUCCACUCUGCCGGGCUAAAGUAGCAGAUGAGCCUACUUGGAGGGAUGGAUCUACUACAUAUGAGUUGCAGUUAUAUUAA